GUCACACGGGUCACUUUGGACACCAUUCGGAUGACAAGGGUGGAAUUCGUCAGUGUCCUCUCAACCUUAUCCACGUUGCAAGCCGACUGUUUUGCCUGAGUGGUUGGCGAACCAGUCCUCAGCAGAAAAAUCCCCUAUCGCCUUCCACGUGUCUGCCACCUGCUAAGUCAUCCAAUCUUUUGCCACGGCUCCGUUGUGCGCCUUUCUCAUCCAAGCCUCAGUCCUCCACAAGCUGUAGUUCAACCGAACGUGUAUCUCUCAUGACAACCGUGUCGUCAGAUAUGACGUCUCCUGUCAACGCUUCAGUCCAUCCGACUGACAACACCGACCCCUCGGCUAGAGCGGCGGACGAGAAAGCACCGCAAACUGAUGGCACCGUGAACACAGAAAAAGACUUGCCGAGUCGAGGACCAGAGAUAAUUGUCGAGAAGUGCGUACCUACGCUUCGAAGAAACCAAAGCCGCUAUCGAUCCCUCCGUCGGAGACAAAUGGAAAACUUAUCCCGCCGGGCUGAAUGGUUCCUGGGACCAACAGUGCUCCCUGUCGUCACCCUCACACCCGCAUCCGCAAUUCCACCUGAUCCACUUCAUCGUGUUGUCCAGCUUCCUCAAAAGAAGCGCGAUGAUUUCGCGAACAGCAGAGAAAUGGUGGUCACAUCGACUGUCUCGUUACUAGACCUUGACGAUUCCAUCAGACGGGAACUCAAAGACUCCGCUCAGCUGGGAGGUUGUCACGCCACGUCCAUACAGCCACCUCGGUUGCUCUUUGUUGCAUCGACUGGUGAGCUGGAACAACAACAACAACAACAAGAUUUCGAUAUCCAGUCGCGUGACUCUUGUCUGGUUCAACGAAAGGACUCUGGAAGACAACGUCUGCUCUCAGUCGGGUGCUACUUGAAUCCAACUCCCGCGGACAGUUUUGUCAGUGUCUACAGUGCUCCAUCCGCCGGUUUGCACCGAUUCGAUGCCACUGGUCCCGCUGUUUCUGUUCCGAGUGUGAACCACCCACUUGAGUAUCGGUCAGCUGUGUCCGCAGCACAAUUCCCAUCUAUUAGCUCCCCAUCGUCUCAGGCUCUAGAUUUGCCGAGCCAACCAGCAGCCUUGUUCCUUCAUCCCAGGCCUCCGGAGGCAUUGCGCGUCCGCCAGCCACGAUCUUUGGCGGAACCGCCAAACUAUUCUGUUGACAACCACAUCCUUCCGGCUGUAGUUCAAAGUGGAUCGUGUUUCUCGUUGUCUACACCACAAAAGUUACCCCAGGCUUCUCAUGUGGAUCCCAUCCCAAUUGGGAUGCCCGAAAAUGGCGGAAGGCCACGCAGCAACAGCGCAUGGGCAGCAUUGCCUUUGCCAACAUGCGCUAAAUCCUAUGCAUCGCCCUAUCCUUCAUAUGAAAAAGAUCGCUCACACCAUAGGUAGGUAAUCUCAUUCACCAAGUCUUGUCCCCUUCUUGUGAUCAACCUUUCUACUGUUGUUUCGAAAAGAACUUAUUUGCUUCUUCAUGUUCUGAUGUUUUUUAAUCAUUUAAAUGCAAACUUCUCAAUGCAUUUCUCUCAUACAUUUUACUUUUCCUCACAUUUAUCCCGCUUCCGUAUACUUUUUUUGGGUGGGUGUGUGCCAAAGUUCACCGGACCACUCGCUGUUGCACGUUGUUCUCUUAACUAUGAGUUAGUUACUUAGUUUUUAUCCAUCUAUCAACCAUUAUUUUAGAGAAUCUUUGAAACAAUGCCUACUCUUUGUGUCCAUCAUUCGCCGAUGUUUGUUUAACCACCCCUCUUCCGUCUUGACAAGACUUUCAGGGAGCUCUGUGUGUCAGUCUAUUCAAGCACCGUCACCACAAAAGUGCAAUGUCCCUGUACAUUCCGGCCGACCUAUAAUUAAAAAAUGCCGUAUAAAUCGACCAGUACCCCUUGGGUUGUCAUUGGAACAGACCAGACAAGUCGUUCUUUUUCCCACAGUCACCGUACUUAUUUCCACUGUCAACUCGACGCAGCUGUGUUGCGUUUGUUCAUGACCCAAAAUCCUCAGCUGCUAACGACCAUGUGAUGAGUGAAAAUCACGUGACGUAUGUACGCUCUGAUGCGCUGGUUCUUGCUUUAGCUUUGCUGUAUAAGAGCCCCAAAGUGUAUAUACACCUAGAUGCACACAAAUUGAGACGAACAAAAUGUGCAAACUUG